AUGCAAUUUACUCCAAAAGUAUAUGAGUUCGACUAUGAAAGACCUACAAUAAAAGUUUAUAAACUAAGUUAGCAACUUGUAUUCAAUAGAGCAGCAUCAGAAUAAAAAAUGAGAAAAUCAAGAGCUGUUUCAGAUAUUUUAACUUAACCUUCAAAACAAAUGGAUUUUAAAGAGGAAAUGAAAAAGCUUGAGUAAAUUUAAAAACCAUAAGAACUAAAAAGGGAAAUAUUUAGAUAAAUCAAAUAAACUUGUAGAGAGUUUAGAAAUGUUGAAAGAGAAAGAGAUGGAUCAUUAUGGGUGAAAUCAUAUUGUACAAAUGAAAAAAUAAAAAUAAGCAAAUUGUUUUAAGGAACUUAAAACUCUUAAGCAAUUGAUUACAAAAAUUUUCAUUCAAGAAGUAAUAGUAAAACACACAUAAGACCAAAAAAGAAAACUGUUGAUAUUCCUUAAUCCUCUUUGUAAUUACAAAGUAAACCUAGACCUUAGUUAUUAAGAUUAAGAUUAAAAAGCAAAAAUGUAUCUCAAGAAACUUUUUAAUAACCAGCAUGUUUUACAGAAAGAGAAUGCUAAGUUAAUUUAGUAACACAGUAAAUUAAUACUGACACAAAGAAACAAAAAAAAGAAAUAGAUGUUUAAGAUAUGGGAGUAUUUGAUGAGAUGUUGGAAUUUUAUAAUUAAGAUAGAAUAGUAACAAUAACAUAGGAUAUAAUGCGUAGAAAAAUUGAUUUUAAAAAAAUAUAACAUGAGUUAAAAAAAACUCUCUAAUACAUUAGUAGAUUAAAUUUGGAUAUUUAUUAGGCAUUUAGUGAUCAAGUGAUUAGUUAAAAACCAUUUUAAAAGGAGCAUUCUUAUGAAUUUAUAUAAGCUGCAAAAUAAGGAAAAGAAUGGGAAGUCAAAGAGUUUAUUAAAGAUAACAAAUAUUUGGUUUACGAUUUCGAUUAUGUAAGCGUGAUUGAAAACACUUAUAGAUUUACAUGACGGCUUUGCAUUGGGCUUGUAAGAGAGGACACUUUGAGAUUGUAAAACUAUUAAUAGAAAAUGGGGCAGAUAUAGAAUUUCAAGAUAUAAUUGGAAGACCAACACUUUAUUUUGCUAUCAUAGGUGGAAAUCCAAAAAUUGUGAAAUAUAUUUUAGAUAAAAAAGCUGAUCCUUGGUCAACAACAGCAGUAAACUAUAACUAAUUAUGUAUGGAAUACAAUCCAUCAUUUUUGUAAUUAAUUGCACAAGCAAGAAAGGCUCAUAUAACCUUAAAAAUGACACCUCCAUCAUAAAGAGAAACCAUAUGGAAAAUAUUACGUAGGUGA